AUGCGAUUGACUCAGUUUCGUUUUUUGCUCAACAUCUCAUCAAAACGACUGUUUUGUUCAGAAGUAGCCGCCACUUCUAAACGUACCUUUGAUAAUAAAAAGUUUCACCAAAUUUCGAAUCAUGUUAGUUUUUUUUUAAAUUUUGUUUGUGUGUGAUAAUCCCGCCUCUCGUUUUUUUCUAAUUUCUGAAAGUAUUUACCAUUCAUUUUUCGUUUUUAGAAAAUGGCAUCAUCUCAAUUUGAUUUGAAUCCAUUGCCAGAUUUCAUCCAAGAAAGAAUCAAGCUCUGGGAUAAAUUGAAAGCUGAAUAUGAUGCAAGUAUUGCUGCUAAAGAAUCCGAACCAAUUGAAAUCACUCUUCCCGAUGGAAAGAAAUUCGAUGCUAAAUCAUGGCGCACCACACCAUUUGAAAUCGCUGAGAAAAUCUCAAAAGGUUUGGCUGAAGCCGCUGUAAUUGCAAAAGUAAAUGGUGAUGUUUGGGAUUUGGAUCGCCCAUUCGAAGAAAGUUCCACACUUCAAUUGUUGAAAUUCGAUGAUGAUGAGGCCAAACAAGUUUUCUGGCAUUCAUCUGCUCAUCUUUUGGGAGAAGCCAUGGAAAGAUUCUGUGGAGGACAUUUGUGUUAUGGACCACCAAUUCAAGAUGGAUUCUACUACGACAUGUGGCAUGAGGUAUGUUCGAAUAAUUAUGCAAAUAUUAUUUGAAUUUUUUGAAAACUGUGUUUUUUACAGAAUAAAACUAUCAAUCCAGAUAACUUUGCCGGUAUUGAAAAUAUUAUGAAUGUCGCUGUUAAAGAAAAACAAAACUUCGAAAGAUUGGAAGUUUCCAAAGAAAAUCUUUUGGAAAUGUUCAAAUACAAUGAGUUCAAAGUUCGAAUUUUGAAAGAAAAAGUCACCACACCAACCACCACUGUCUAUAGAUGUGGACCACUUAUUGAUUUGUGUCGUGGACCACACGUUAGACACACUGGAAAGAUCAAGGCUUUUUCGAUCACCAAAACAUCUGCUUCAUAUUGGGAAGGAAAAGCUGACGCCGAAUCUCUUCAACGUGUUUAUGGUAUUUCGUUCCCAGAUUCGAAACAAUUGAAAGAAUGGAAAAGAUUACAAGAAGAAGCGGCUAAACGAGAUCAUCGUAAAUUGGGAAGAGAACAAGAUCUUUUCUUCUUCCAUCAAUUGUCACCAGGUUCAUGUUUCUGGUAUCCAAAAGGUGCACAUAUUUAUAACAAAUUGGUUGAUUUUGUCAGAAAGCAAUAUAGAAGAAGGUAAAUUUUUAUAAGUAAUUUUCAUAAUUAUAUUCAUUUUUCAGAGGAUUCACUGAAGUAAUCACACCAAACAUGUACAAUAAGAAAUUAUGGGAGACAUCUGGACAUUGGGAACAUUAUUCGGAAGAUAUGUUCAAGUAAGAUUUCUAUUGGGAAUUUUUCUUUAAAAAAGUAUUCGAUUUUCAGAGUUGAAGUUGAGAAAGAGGAAUUUGGUUUGAAGCCAAUGAAUUGUCCAGGACAUUGUUUGAUGUUCGGACAUCAACCACAUACUUAUAAUGAACUUCCAUUCCGAUUUGCUGAUUUUGGAGUUCUUCAUAGAAAUGAAAUGUCUGGUGCACUUACUGGUCUUACCCGUGUUCGUCGAUUCCAACAAGAUGAUGCUCAUAUUUUUUGUAGACGCGAUCAAAUUGCCGAUGAAAUUGCUGGAUGUCUUGAUUUCCUCGAAUAUGCUUAUGAAAAGGUAUUCGGAUUCACUUUCAAAUUGAAUUUGUCUACCCGCCCUGAAGGAUUCCUUGGAGAUAUUGAGACAUGGGACAAAGCUGAAGCUGAUUUGACAAAUGCAUUGAAUGCAACUGGAAGAAAAUGGGUAUUGAAUCCAGGAGAUGGUGCAUUUUAUGGACCAAAGAUUGAUAUCACAAUUCAAGAUGCAUUGAAAAGAAACUUCCAAUGCGCUACAAUUCAACUUGAUUUCCAAUUGCCAAAUCGUUUCGAUUUGAGUUAUUUCGAGUAAGUACAAAAAAUAGACGUGUUAUUAGAAACAAAAGAUAAUCCUAGAAAAUUAAUUUAAUUAUUAGACGUGACCUCUUUUUUUAGAACUUGAAAAUUAGGAUUUCAUUUCUUGUUUUACAAAUUAAUUUCUGUUUUUCAGUGAAAAGGGUGAAAAACAACGACCAGUUAUGAUACAUCGUGCUGUUUUGGGAUCCGUUGAACGAAUGACUGCUAUUUUGACCGAAAGUUAUGGAGGAAAAUGGCCAUUCUGGUUAUCGCCAAGACAGGUUAGUUUUUUUCAAUGAAUAGUCAUUAUGUAAACUAUAAAUGUUUCAGUGUAAAAUCAUCACUGUCCACGAUUCUAUGAAAGAAUACGCUAAAUCGGUGAAAAAGCAAAUUUUCGAUGCUGGAUUUGAAGUUGAAUAUGAUGAAAUUUGCUCGGAUACCAUGAAUAAACAGGUAAAUAUUUUCAAAUAAUAUUUUUUUUACCAUUUCUAAUUUCAAUUAAUUUUAGGUCAGAAACGCGCAAUUGGCCCAAUUCAACUUUAUCCUUGUUCUUGGAGCCAAAGAAAUGGAAAACAACACUGUAAAUGUUCGUACCCGUGAUAAUGCAGUUCGUGGAGAAGUUCCAAUCGGAAAACUUCUCGAAAAAUUCCGACGAUUCGCCGAUGAAUAUGUUGCGGAUACUGAAAAAGCCGAAGAAUGGGCAUAA